AUGGGGGAGCUGGGUUUCUUCUUAGGCCUUCAAGUUUGUCAACUUGAAGGAGACACAUUCAUCAACCAGGCAAAGUACACAAAGGAGCUGCUCAAAAAGUUUAGCAUGGAAAACUACUAUGUUGCUUCAACUCCAAUGAGUACAUCAGUCAAGCUUGACAAGGAUGAAGUUGGUCAAAUCGUUGAUAUAACUGCCUAUCGUGGGAAAAUUGGAUCUCUACUCUACCUAAUAGAAAACAGGCCACACAUCUUAUUCACUGUUAGAGUUUGUGAAAGAUUCCAGACUAAUCCUAAACAAUCUCAUUAUGUAGCUGCUAAAAGAAUCUUAAAGUAUCUUAAGGGCACUCAAAAUGUGGGACUGUGGUAUCCAAAUGAUUCCAGUUUUAAUUUGAUUAGUUAUGCUAAUGCAAAUUAUGCAAGUUGCAAAGUGGACAGAAAACGUACAAGUGGAACUUGUCAAUUCCUUGGUGAUACACUUGUUUAA